GGCCGGCCUGGUCCCCGGCGCCGCGGCCAUGGCGGCCAGCGCCAAGCGGAAGCAGGAGGAGAAGCACCUGAAGAUGCUGCGGGACAUGACGGGGCUCCCGCACAACCGCAAGUGCUUCGACUGCGACCAGCGCGGCCCCACCUACGUGAACAUGACGGUCGGCUCGUUCGUGUGCACGUCCUGCUCGGGCAGCCUGCGAGGGUUAAAUCCUCCACACAGGGUGAAAUCUAUCUCUAUGACGACAUUCACACAACAGGAAAUUGAAUUCCUGCAAAAACAUGGAAAUGAAGUCUGUAAACAGAUUUGGCUAGGAUUGUUUGAUGAUAGAUCUUCAGCAAUUCCAGACUUCAGGGAUCCACAAAAAGUGAAAGAGUUCCUACAAGAGAAAUAUGAAAAGAAAAGAUGGUAUGUCCCACCAGAACAAGCCAAAGUGGUGGCAUCAGUUCAUGCAUCUAUUUCAGGGUCCUCUGCCAGUAGCACAAGCAGCACACCUGAGGUCAAACCACUGAAAUCUCUGUUAGGAGAUUCAGCACCAGCAUUGCACUUAAAUAAGGGCACACCUAGUCAAUCCCCUGUUGUAGGUCGGUCUCAAGGACCACCACAGGAAAAGAAGCAGUUUGACCUUUUAAGUGAUCUUGGCUCUGACAUCUUUGCUGCUCCACCUCCUCAGUCAACAGCUACGGCCAAUUUUGCUAACUUUGCACAUUUCAACAGUCAUGCAGCUCAGAAUUCUGCAAAUGCAGAUUUUGCAAACUUUGAUGCAUUUGGACAGUCUAGUGGCUCGAGUAAUUUUGGAGGUUUCCCCACAGCAAGUCACCCUCCUUUUCAGCCCCAAACUACAGCAUUUAGAAUGCUUUCAUCUAGCUGCAGUUUUGGUGAACUUACUUCAGCUUUUCCUCUCCAGGCCACCAACAGUGGAAAUGCUGGAUCAGUAAAUGCUAAUUUUGCUCAUUUUGAUAACUUCCCCAAAUCCUCCAGUGCUGAUUUUGGAACCUUCAGUACUACCCAGAGUCAUCAAACAACAUCAACUGUUAGUAAAGUUGCAAUGAAUAAAGCUGGUCUACAGACUACAGAUAAAUAUGCGGCACUUGCCAAUUUAGACAAUAUCUUCAGUGCUGGGCAAGGUGGUGAUCAGGGGAGUGGCUUUGGGACCACAGGUAAAGCUCCUGUUGCUUCUGUGGUUUCGAUUCCCAGUCAGUCAAGUGCAUCUUCAGACAAGUAUGCAGCCCUGGCAGAACUAGACAGCGUAUUCAGCUCUGCAGCCACCUCUAGUAAUGCAUACACUUCUACAAGUAAUGCCAGCAGCAAUGUGUUUGGAACGGUGCCAGUGGGUGCUUCUGCACAGACACAGCCUGCUUCUUCAAGUGUGCCUGCUGCAUUUGGAGCUCCGCCUUCCACGAAUCCAUUUGUGGCUGCUGCUGGACCUUCUGUAUCAUCUACAAAUCCAUUUCAGACUAAUGCCAGAGGCACAACAGCGGCGACCUUUGGCACUGCGUCCAUGAGCAUGCCUGCGGGGUUCGGUACUCCUGCACCCUAUAGUCUUCCCACCAGUUUUAGUGGCAGCUUCCAGCAGCCUGCCUUCCCAGCCCAAGCAGCUUUCCCUCAACAGACAGCUUUUUCUCAACAGCCUAAUGGUGCAGGUUUUGCAGCAUUUGGACAAACAAAGCCAGUGGUGACCCCUUUUGGUCAAGUUGCAGCUGCUGGAGUAUCUAGUAACCCAUUUAUGACCGGUGCACCAACGGGACAAUUUCCAACAGGAAGCUCAUCAACCAAUCCUUUCUUAUAGCCUUAUAUAGACACUUUACUGGAACGAACUUUUAUGUGGUCACAGUACAUCUCUCCGCCUCUUGCACUGUUGUCUUGUUUCACUGAUCUUAGCUUUAAACACAAGAGAAGUCUUUAAAAAGCCUGCAUUGUGUAUUAAACACCAGGUAAUAUGUGCAAAACAGAGGGCUCCAGUAACACCUUUUAACCUGUGAAUUGGCAGAAAAAAGGUAGCGGUAUCAUGUAUAUUAAAAAUUGGCUAAUAUUAAGUUAUUGCAGAUACCACAUUCAUUAUGCUGCAGUACUGUACAUAUUUUUCUUAGAAAUUAGCUAUUUGUGCAUAUCAGUAUUUGUAACUUUAACACAUUGUUAUGUGAGAAAUGUUACUGGGGAAAUAGAUCAGCCACUUUUAAGGUGCUGUCAUAUAUCUUGGAAUGAAUGACCUAAAAUCAUUUUAACCAUUGCUACUAGAAAGUUACAAAGUCAAAAUUGGAAGGUUUUAUUCAUUCUUGAAUUUUUCCUUUCUAAAGAGCUCUUCUAUUUAUACAUGCCUAAAUUCUUUAAAAAUGUAGAGGGAUACCUGUCUGCGUAAUAAAGUUGAUCAUGUUUUGCUACAGUUUGCGGGUGAAAAAAAUAAAUAUUAGAAAAUAUGCUAUUGUUUUUGUGUUCUUGCUGCAAUGCCUUUACCAAAGUGGCCUUAAAUAUGAGUAGUGAAUUGAGAACAUCUUGAAUUCUUAAAUUAGAAUUUCAAAAGACUUCUAGUGACUAACUUUUAUGUCUAAAAGAGAAAAUUUUAUAAAAGGCCAUGUAGAAAAGUUAUUGAAACUAUGACUGCUAUCUAUAUUCAGGAAUAUGUCAGUGGUAAAGCAUUUAAAUGUAGCUUAUCAGAUUUACCAUAAUCCUCCUAAUUUCUUUGCAACUUAAUUUUGUGAACAUUUGUAUAUAUAAAUUUGCAUGCAUGUGUAUUUACAAAUUUUUAAAGUAUCUUGAAUUCUCCGACUGCAAAAGACCUAUUUUAACUUGAUUUAAAAAAAAUAUUGUCUUUGAAUGUAUUGGAAGCAUACAUGCAUUAACUGUGAUACCAUUGCACCUCAGUUUCUUUGGUUUUUUUUGUUUCUUUUGGACAAACCGAUAUUAUUAAUAGGACAUUUGUUCAUGUUCAUUUCUGGGGUGAAAGGAACUGGAAACCCAGUCAAAGUUAUAGAGUACUUGGAUUAAGAUGACAAAGAUACUAAUCUUUUAGUUGUAUUUUUUGUUAAUAUUCAGAUAAAUUUGUUUAAAUAUUUAUGUUAAGUAAUGCCUCACUCACCCAGAGAUAACCUGGCAGUCUCCUCAAAAUGGAACACAACUGAGAAACUUGGAAUCGGUUUUUUUAAAAAAUGGCUUAGAGCAACUCACCUAAGUCACAAAGGCUGUAUGUUCAGGACUCAUACAUUUGUUUUAUGUGAAAUUUUGAUUAUUUUAUUUUCUAGCCCAUAGCAUAUUAGCAGGUCAGAUGUAAUGGCUUAAAAGGAAGGAGAUAGAAGAUACUAUGAUCCAGAGACAGACAGCCCAGCCAAGAGGACUUCACUAAAUUAUCUUCUGAUAUUUGUCUACUGUUGUAACUCUGUGUCAUCAAGAAAGGUGACAUUACAUUUACAAAUAUAGAAUACAUUUUUGAAGGUUUUGUAAUGAUCAAAAUAAUUUUAAAGCUUUGAUGUUGAAAUAGGUGAACAUCAGUUUCCUCAAACAUUGCAUUCAUGUUGAAUACCUUUUUCAGUGGUGACUGCAUGAAUUCCUAGAAGAAUAUAUUAAAAUCUAUGUAGUAUUUCAGGCUUGUUAAAACAUUGCUCUCUGUAUCUAAGUGAAUGUGGUUUAUCUGAACCCUUCUGAUUAAGUAAAAUGACUGGGAGGUCUCUGCCCCUUUUCUGAACAGUGUGCCUCUUCUCUGAGAAUUAAAUGGAUCCUGCAAAGGUCUAGGUGUGUGUUGGUGUAUACUUGAAAUGACUUUGUUUUUGGGCUCUCCUCCCUCUAGUACUUUUUCAUGGAGGUAAAAUUUCUGUGUUUUAGAUUGUAUUGGAUCUCAGUCAAUUCAUAUGUACAAAGCUACAUAAUUUUAGGUCAUUUCCCAAAUA